AUGUACAAACAUAUUAGUUGUUCUUUUCUUUUUUAUUCUCUGUCAUUAAGACAAAUAAGGUCUAGUUGUGGCUUACACUGUAAAAAAUACAUUGGACGACAACAACGGCGGAACGGAUCAUCUACUAGCCAGCAGGAUUAUGAUUCAUUAACCACCGAUCCAGCGGUAGCAGCUCAGUAUUUUCGACCUUCAAGUGGUUCUUCAUCACUUUUACCCUAUAAGCGACUCGUUCAAGAUUUUAUCUUACUACCCAACUUUAUAAGCAAAGAAGAACAUGAUAUAAUUGUACAACAUUGCGAGAAAAAACUGAAACGAAGUCUUGGUCGCCAUGCACCUUAUGAGCAAGGACAUUUUGAUGGCGUGAUUACAGGCUACAAAGAAUGUAAUGCCAGCUCAUGGGCAACACCAACCCAUGGUGGUGUUGAUGAAUGGAUGUCACAGUUUAUUCAACAACGGAUUUAUUCUUUAUUUCCUUCUUCGUUUGAAUGGUUAUCACCGCAUAUUUUGGACUUGAAUGCUCAAGGAGAAAUCCGAGGUCAUGUGGAUAAUGUGGAGGCAUCAGGAUCAGUGGUGGCAGGACUCUGUUUGAAAUCACCUGUCAAGAUGACUCUGGAACAUCAAGAUAAUGUAGAUUGUCGUGUCGACGUCUUUUUACCUACCUCUUGUUUUUAUAUUCAAAGGGAUUAUGUACGAUACCAUUUCAAACAUGCUGUGGCUGGACCUAGCCAAUCCAUCUGGGAUGAUAAACCUUUUGAUAAGUAUGAUCGUAUUUCACUUUUAUUUAGAACUAUAAGGAACGAUUCGAGAAGUAAAUGA